AUGGUCCCCCUAUCAUUUGCCCUUCGAGCAGCUCUGCUCACCCUCUCCGUCGCCCUUCCCACCCUCUCCCUCCCAGCCCCCAUUGCCCAACGAGACGUAGCCCUCCAUCGCUCCUCCCUAGACAGCACCUGGGACGACACCGACAGCUGGGAACCCCACGCAGGAUGGUUCUCCUACAACGAAGAUGAAGACUACGACUGCGAAGAAUACCCCGACUACGACGAGGACUGGGACGAAGACGAAAACGACGAGGGGUGUGAAUGGGACGAGAACGACGAAAGCGACUGGGAAAGUGACGACGAUGACGACGACGAUCCCACCUGGGAGGAUUACUCCCUCACUAAUCUAGUAAUCCACUCCCCCCAUCAAACCCUCCACUCCGGAAUCGGCACAGUCUACACCCAAGACGGCCGCGUCGGCUCCUGCGGCACCUCCCACGACGACUCCGCCUUCGUCGUCGCCCUCGGAAACGACUGGAUGCACCACCGGUACCAGGCCUCCGAGUGCGGCCGCCAGAUUCAGGUCACCAACAAGGGGUCGCAUCACCACGUCGGCGGCGAAGGUAACACCAUCACCGUCACCGUCCAGGACACCUGCGCCAGCUGCGACGCCGGCCACGUCGACUUUAGCCAUGCCGCGUGGGACGCGCUGACAGACGGGAGCCCGCCCGGGCAGGUUGAUCUUGAGUGGUGA